UCUCCUUCAUCGACUUCAUGCAAUGUUCAGAGUCGGAAUGGUUGCUUAGAAAAAUAAAAUAUCUUGAGAGAAAGUGAUAAUAGUUUUCACUUUUCUGUGAGCCACCGAUUUCGCUUUCUUUUUUCGAAUCAAACAAACCCCUCCCUCGUGUUCUUUUGUUUCUUCUUAAGCUCUCUGUUAUCGUAUUAACGAGUAACUUCCAAUUUAAGAAAGUAUCUCAGCUGGGUUUUCAUUAUUUCAAGGAAAGAUUUUGAAAAUUCCACUGUGAUCCAUUUCUGGGAAAAUGAUGAAUUUUCGGCGGCUUUCUGGUAACAAGCCGGGGAAAACGGUAUAUGUGAGCUUCAGGUUACCUUAUUUCACUCACUGGGGUCAAAGCCUGCUCGUAUGCGGCUCUGAACCGGUGCUCGGUUCAUGGGAUGUGAAGAAAGGUCUGCUAUUGAAACCAGUUCAUCGAGGAGAUGAGCUCAUAUGGUGUGGAGAUGUCGCUGUUCCGGGGGGUUUCGGAUGCGAGUAUAGUUACUACGUGGUGAAUGAUGAUAGAAAAGCGCUGAGAUGGGAGGCUGGGAAGAAGCGAAAACUUGUACUGCCUGAAGUGAUUGAGCAUGGGGAAGUAGUGGAACUUCAUGACCUUUGGCAGACUGGUUCUGAAGCUCUCCCUUUUACAAGUGCAUUCAAAAAUGUAAUCUUCCGUGGAACUUGGACAUUGGACAUUGAGAGACCUCUAGGAAUCAUCCAGAAUACCUUAAAUACAGAAGAUUCCGUCAUUGUCCAUUUCAAAAUUUGCUGCCCAAAUAUUGAAAAAGACACAUCAGUUUAUGUAAUUGGUCAUCCUUUAAAGUUGGGCCGAUGGAAGGUUCAGGAUGGACUUAAACUUGAUUAUGCAGGAGAAUCGAUUUGGCAAGCAAACUCUGUGAUGCAAAAGGACGAUUUUCCAAUAAGAUAUAGGUAUGUUAAAUGUGGCAGGAAUGGGAGACUUUCAGUAGAAACAGGUUUUCGAGAACUCUCCCUGGACUCCUCAAAUGGUCCACCAAAAUACAUAUUUGUUUCCGAUGGCAUGUUGAAAGAACCACCUUGGAGGGGUGCUGGUGUUGCAAUCCCCAUGUUUUCCAUUAGAACAGAAGCUGAUCUUGGAGUAGGGGAGUUUCUUGACCUGAAGUUACUUGUUGACUGGGCUGUUGAUUCGGGCUUCCAUUUAAUUCAGCUCUUACCCCUCAAUGACACAUCGGUGCAUAGGAUGUGGUGGGACUCAUAUCCGUACAGCUCUCUCUCUGUAUUUGCAUUGCAUCCUCUAUACUUGAGAGUACAGGCACUUUCAAGCAAUAUACCAGAAGAGGUCAAGCAAGAGAUCCUGAAGGCAAAAGAUCAGCUAGAUGGAAAGGAUGUGGAUUACGAGGCAACAAUGGCUACAAAGCUUUCAAUUGCCAAGAAAAUGUUUUAUCUGGAGAAGGAUUUGAUACUUAAUUCCACUUCCUUCCAGAAAUUCUUUUCUGAGAAUGAGGAUUGGUUGAAACCCUAUGCUGCUUUCUGCUUUCUACGGGACUUUUUUGAAACAUCCGAUCACAGCCAAUGGGGUCGCUUUUCUUUUUAUUCAAAAGACAAGCUUGACAAACUUGUGUCAAAGGACAGCACUCACUAUGAUAUAAUUUGCUUUCACUAUUAUAUCCAGUACCAUUUACAUCUGCAAUUGUUAGAAGCAGCGGAAUAUGCAAGAAAGAACAGAGUGGUGUUGAAAGGAGACUUACCAAUUGGUGUUGACCGAAGCAGUGUUGAUACUUGGGUUUAUCCAAAUUUAUUUCGUAUGAACACAUCUACUGGGGCACCUCCUGAUUAUUUUGAUAAGAAUGGACAAAAUUGGGGAUUCCCCACAUAUAAUUGGGAGGAAAUGUCCAAAGACAACUAUGCUUGGUGGCGUGCCCGUUUAUCACAGAUGGCAAAAUACUUCACCGCUUACAGAAUUGAUCAUAUACUGGGUUUCUUUAGAAUCUGGGAGCUUCCAGAGCAUGCUAUGACAGGUCUAGUUGGAAAGUUCCGACCAUCUAUCCCUCUAAGUCAGGAAGAGCUUAAAAGAGAAGGAAUAUGGGACUUUGACCGCUUGAGCCGUCCAUAUAUUCAGCAAAAAAUUUUACAGGAUAAAUUUGGAACCUCUUGGACUUUUAUUGCUUCAAACUUUUUGAAUGAAUAUCAGAAGCAGCGCUAUGAGUUCAAAGAGGACUGCAACACAGAGAAAAAAAUUGCUUCCAAAUUGAGGUCAUGCGUAGAAGGGUCAUUGUUGUCAGAGAGUGAAGACAAGAUACGGCUUGAUCUCUUUGCUCUUCUACAGAAUAUAGUUCUUAUCAGAGACCCAGAGGAUGCAAAGAAAUUCUAUCCUCGUUUUAAUCUUGAAGACACAUCGAGUUUCAAAGAUUUGGAUGAUCAUAGCAAAAAUGUUUUGAAAAGAUUAUAUUAUGACUAUUAUUUCCAUCGGCAAGAAGAUCUUUGGCACCACAAUGCUCUGAAGACAUUGCCUGUCCUCUUGAACUCAUCAGAUAUGCUGGCUUGUGGAGAAGAUCUUGGCCUUAUUCCUUCUUGUGUUCAUCCUGUCAUGCAAGAACUGGGUUUAAUUGGUUUACGCAUUCAAAGGAUGCCAAGUGAACCUGGGCUGGAGUUUGGUAUUCCUUCUCAAUAUAGCUAUAUGACGGUGUGUGCUCCAUCAUGCCAUGACUGUUCCACCAUGCGUGCUUGGUGGGAAGAAGAUGAAGAAAGAAGGCGACGAUUUUUUAAGACUGUGGUAGGGUCUGAUGAGUUGCCACCUAGUCAAUGUGUUCCUGAAGUUGCAGAAUUCAUCAUACAGCAACAUGUUGAAGCUCCAUCAAUGUGGGCCAUUUUUCCUCUGCAGGACUUGCUAGCACUGAAAAAAGAAUACACAACACGCCCUGCCGCAGAGGAGACAAUUAAUAAUCCCACAAAUCCAAAGCACUAUUGGCGAUACCGUGUGCAUGUGACAUUGGAGUCCUUGCUGAAGGACAAAGAACUUAAAACAACCAUCAGGGAGCUUGUACACUGCAGUGGACGAGCGUAUCCUCUAGUUGGAGAAACAGAAGCUGUGAUUCCAGAGAAGCAGCAUGCUGCUGCAAUCCAUGAAAAGAGCCCUUCAGCAGUGCAGCUGAAUGGAGCUCCACAGAAGGAGACGGUUGCAGUCUGAAAAGGCGACACCUUACUGCAUGAAUUACACUGCUGCAGGGGCAAUCAGACUCGGGGAGAAUUGCGUGCAACCUUGUAGAAGGAAUGUAAUUUUUUAUUAUGUACUCUGUUCACAUGGGCGGGUGUUGAACCCUGCUCACAACUUAUCCUUGAAUAAGGUAGCUGCAUGGAACAAUUGACCAGAACAUGAGUAUGAAAGCUAAUAACAUGAAAUCUCUAUCACUACAUUGCCUCUCA